AGGGAACAUAAACAUGUGAAGUGGAACACAGCCGUUCAUUCUGCGCUAAAACUGCUGUUCUUCAGACUGAGAAGAAGAAGAAGCAAGCAGGAGGAAUUACUCCAGGAGAAACUACUGACAUACUAUUGUAAAGAUGGAGAUUAAGGAAGAACCCUGCAGAAUAAAAGAUGAAGAUACAGAGGAACAAAUAGACCCGAUGGAAGUGAAUGAAGACAAACACCAUCAUUUCACAAAUGAAGAUGGAAAACUGACAUAUAAAAAUGAAGAUGAACAACAUCUGCUUCAAAAUCCUCAUCAUUUCAAAAAUGAAGAUGGAAAUGCAGUCGUUUCAAAUACUGAAGAGAAUUUUACACAAAAACAAGCUGGAAAAUCUGGAGUCAAAAGAUCUUUAACCUGCUCUGAGUGUGGAAAGAUUUUCACAUAUAAAUCACACUUUAAAAGACACAUGCGAAUUCACACUAAAGAAAAACCGUUCACCUGCUCUGAGUGUGGAAAGAGUUACAAACAUGAAGCACACCUUAAGGUACACAUGAUAAUUCACACUGGAGAAAGGCCUUAUACUUGCGCUCAGUGUGGAAAGAGUUUCUGUCGCAAAGAGGACUUAAAUGUACAUACGAGAAAUCACAAUGGAGAAAAACCAUUCACAUGCUCUGAGUGUGGAAAGAGUUACACGACUAAAUCAGAGCUUAACAGACACACAAGAAUUCACACUGGAGAAAAACUGUUCACAUGCACUCAAUGUGGAAAGAGUUGCAGACAAAAAUCAAACCUUUUAAGACACAUGAGAAUUCACACCGGAGAGAGGCCUUAUACAUGCUCUCAGUGUGGAAACAGUUUCACAUCCAAAACCGCUCUCAAUGACCAUCUGCACUUUCACUCCGGAGUGAAGUCGUUCAGCUGUGAUCAGUGUGAUAAAACAUUUGUUGUGGAAUCAGGCUUAAGAAGACACCUUAGACUUCAUACGGGUGUGAAGCCUCACAUUUGUUAUUUUUGUGGAAAGUGUUUUACACGAUUGCAGCAUUUAAAAGAGCAUGAAAGUAUUCAUACUGGUGUAAAACCUUAUAUGUGCUCUGACUGUGGGAAGACCUUCAUUACAUCAGGUGCAUUAAAAAAACACCAGAGAAUUCAUACUGGAGAGAAACCGUACAAGUGCUCACACUGUGAAAAGAGUUUCGCUCAUUCAGGACACGUGAAAGAUCAUAUGAGAGUUCAUACCGGAGAGAAGCCGCACCAGUGCUCUUCAUGUAGGAAGAGUUUCACCCGAUUAUUUAAUCUAUGGACUCAUAAGAAAAAGUGUUGCCCGAAGUUGUCUAAUUAGCAAAUGUUCAUGUUCAGAUCCAUGACUUUUAAAUAAUUUUAUAUUUAGAUUAAGCAAAAGAUGGAAUUACCUUAAAUAGAGUAGUUUAAAAUUAGUAGUGAAGUUUGAUUGUUUGACAAGGGGAAUCUUUGGGGAAGGUCAAAAUUGUAAUGUAUUUCAUUCUAAGUAGGGGUGUAACGGAUCGCAGUUGAUCCGUACGAACCAGGCCCCACGUUUUGGAACGCAUGUGAUUCGUGGAUUAAAAGCAUUUAGCCAUUAUAUAGUGAAAGUUUAUUAUUUGCACGUGUUUGUAAGUCUUAUCAAUUUAAAACACUCAAGAUUUUUUAAACAAUUCAAAUGCAAGAAGAAGAGGCAAAUUUCACGCACUCAAAGCACGUGCGCUCACAAAGUUGGAUAUAAAGUCUUAAGUGAACCUAAACAGUUGAGAAAACUUGAGGAAGAAGUCAGAUGUGUUUCAUCAUAUUGGUUCCGUGCAUUCCAGCCUGGUCUCCUUCUUAAUACGUAGGUAUAAAUAUGUAACUUUCAAAGACACGAAAUGUAAAUUUUUGUGUGUUUAGAAAGGUGCUGAAACAUACAAUAUUGACAUAUUUAUAGCACUAAAACGUAAAAAUACUUCUGUUUUUUCAGCGAAAUAACGUAAAAUAUUUACGAAUCUUUCAUGUCAUUAAGAUAUAACAUUAUGUAUAAUUUCCCUUUAUCGUUUUGUAGAUAAAUGUAAGAUCCCUAAACCCCUGGCCACCCUGAAUCUAAACAUACCCAUUUUAUACAGAAUGUUAAAAGAAUAAAACAUAAUAGACAGAAAUGUGUUGGAAAAUGACAAUUUUAGUACAACCCGAAUUCCGGAAAUGUUGAGACUUUUUUUAAAUUUAAAUAAAAUGAAAACUAAAAGACUUUCAAAUCACAUGAGCCAAUAUUUUAUUCACAAUAGAACAUAGAUAACAUAACAAAUGUUUAAACUGAGAAAUUUUACAAUUUUAUGCACAAAAUGAGAUCAUUUCAAAUUUGAUGCCUGCUACAGGUCUCAAAAUAGUUGGGACGGGGGCAUGUUUACCAUAGUGUAGCAUCUCCUCUUGUUUUCAAAACAGUUUGAAGACGUCUGGGCAUCGAGGUUAUGAGUUUCUGGAGUUUUGGUGUUGGAAUUUGGUCCCAUUCUUGCCUGAUAUAGGUUUCCAGCUGCUGAAGAGUUUGUGGUCGUCUUUGACGUAUUUUUCUCUAUAGGUGAAAGAUCUGGACUGCAGGCAGGCCAAUUCAGCACCCGGACUCUUCUACGACGAAGCCACGCUGUUGUAAUAGCUGCAGUAUGUGGUUUUGCAUUGUCCUGCUGAAAUACACAAGGCCUUCCCUGAAAUAGACGUCGUCUGGAGAGGAGCAUAUGUUGCUCUAAAACCUUUAUAUACCUUUCAGCAUUCAUAGUGUCUUCCAAAACAUGCAAGCUGCCCAUACCGUAUGCACUUAUGCACCCCCAUACCAUCAGAGAUGCUGGUAGACGCUGAUAACACGCUGGAAGGUCUCCCUCCUCUUUAGCCCGGAGGACACGGCGUCCGUGAUUUCCAACAAGAAUGUCAAAUUUGGACUCGUCUGACCAUAGAACACUUUUCCACUUUGAAACAGUCCAUUUUAAAUGAGCCUUGGCCCACAGGACACGACGGCGCUUCUGGACCAUGUUCACAUAUGGCUUCCUUUUUGCAUGAUAGAGCUUUAGUUGGCAUCUGCAGAUGGCACGGCGGAUUGUGUUUGCCGACAGUGGUUUCUGGAAGUAUUCCUGGGCCCAUUUAGUAAUGUGAUUGACACAAUCAUGCCGAUGAGUGAUGCAGUGUCGUCUGAGGGCCCGAAGACCACGGGCAUCCAAUAAAGGUCUUCGGCCUUGUCCCUUAUGCACAGAGAUUUCUCCAGUUUCUCUGAAUCUUUUGAUGAUGUUAUGCACUGUAGAUGAUGAGAUUUGCAAAGCCUUUGCAAUUUGACGUUGAGGAACAUUGUUUUCCACAAUCUUUUUGCGCACUCUUUCACAGCUCUGCCCAUCUUUACAUCUGAGAGUCUCUGCCUCUCUAAAACAUCCCUUUUAUAGCUAAUCAUGUUACAGACCUGAUAUCAAUUAACUUAAUUAGUUGCUAGAUGUUCUCCCAGCUGAAUCUUUUCAAAAUGUCUUGCUUUUUUAGCCAUUUGUUGCCCCCGUGCCAACUUUUUUGAGACCUGUAGCAGGCAUCAAAUUAGAAAUGAGCUCAUUUAGUGGAUAAAAGUGUAAAAUCUCUCCGUUUAAACAUUUGUUAUGUUAUCUGUUUUCUAAUGUGAAUAAUAUAUUAGCUCAUGUGAUUUGAAACUCACAUUUCAUUUUAUUCAAAUUUGAAUAACGUCCCAACAUUUCUGGAAUUCGGGUUGUAAAAAUAUAGCAUUUAAACGAUAUUUUGAGCCACUAAUCCUACACCUACCCCUAAACCUACCCAUAACCAUUUCUUUAAACUACCUACUGUUAUAAAUAAAAGAAUAACAGACAAACAAGCAUAAUCACAAUAAUUUAUUUAUUGCGAAAAUGUCAAAAGUAGUUCAAAUGAUGAUGAGUUGCAGUCGCAGUCCUGGCGGUAAUAGUUUUUUUUAUAGGUUACAGAGCAGAAUUUAAUUUACUAAUCCAUGAAAAUAUCAAUCCGGCUUAGUCCGUGAAGGCGCGCGCACAUUUCAAAUGUCAAUCCACUGAAACGGCAUGUCGCCAUCUGUGAUGAAGCAGGUGAGGACCAGUGAGCGUUCGAUAUCAGUGCCGUAAACCAUGUUGUAGCGCAUCUCGAGGGUGCAACUUUCAAAAAGCGCGGGCUUUGAACGUGACGGUCAUGCUGAGAAUGAAGAUGAAGAUUGAUGGAUAAAGGGCUGAAUUUGUAUCUGUUCCUUACAAAUAUAUGAAUUCUAAAGAUUUGGAGUACAGCGAACAAAUAAAAUUGAUGUGAUUUGUUAA